CUCGAUGGACAACUGGAGCUCCAACAACGACAAGAGCAGCCCAGACAGGGAGUGCCAGCCAUCUGUUGUUGUUGAACACUCGCUCGCUUGAACAUAUCACCACCUCCAACUCCAACCGCAGACAUGGAGGGCCUAUUAUUCAACGUCAACAAUGGCUACAUUGAGGGUAUCGUCCGUGGAUACAGGAACAGCCUGUUGACGAGCACCAACUAUACCAACAUGACGCAAUGCGAGUCGAUUGAUGACCUUAAACUCCAACUCGGACCUGCAUACGGCGACUUCCUCGCCUCUCUCCCGCCCAAGCCUUCGACCUCCGCUCUCGCUGCCAAGACCACCGACAAGCUGGUCUCCGAGUUCCGCUAUGUCCGCGCCAACGCGGCCGGCUCCCUGGCCAAGUUCAUGGACUACCUCACCUACGGCUACAUGAUCGACAACGUCGCCCUGCUCAUCACGGGCACCCUUCACGAGCGCGACACGCGCGAGCUGCUCGAGCGCUGCCACCCGCUCGGCUGGUUCGAGACCAUGCCCGUCCUCUGCGUGGCCACCAACAUUGAGGAGCUGUACAACAGCGUCAUGAUCGAGACCCCACUGGCCCCGUACUUUAAGAGCAGCCUGUCGCUCCAGGACCUGGACGAGCUCAACAUCGAGAUUGUGCGCAACACGCUUUACAAGAACUACCUCGAGGACUUUUACCACUUCGUCAACACCCACCCCGAUAUGGCCGGGACCCCGACUGCCGAGGUGAUGUCGGAGUUGCUGGAGUUUGAGGCGGAUAGGCGGGCUAUCAACAUCACUCUUAACUCGUUCGGCACCGAGCUGUCCAAGGCGGACCGUAAGAAGCUCUAUCCUAACUUUGGGCAGCUGUACCCGGAGGGGACGCUCAUGUUGUCGCGGGCAGAUGACUUUGAGGGUGUGAGGCUCGCUGUUGAGGGUGUGGCUGAUUACAAGUCGUUCUUCGAUGCUGCUGGCCUCGGAGGCGGUCCCAGCGGUCCCGGUAACAUGGGCGGUGGCGGAACUGAGGGCAAGAGUCUGGAGGACAUGUUCUACCAGAAGGAGAUGGAGAUCUCCAAGAUGGCGUUCACGAGGCAGUUCACCUAUGCCAUAGUGUAUGCGUGGGUCAAGUUGAGAGAGCAGGAAAUCCGCAAUAUCACUUGGAUCGCCGAGUGCAUAGCGCAGAACCAGAAGGAGAGGAUCAACAACUACAUCAGCGUUUUCUAAAGAGCAGUAAGUUGUCGUAAUGAGGUUUGAUUUUCAGGUUGCAUUUUUAUCAGAGGAACCUCGUCCUCCCCCUAUGUUUUGCUUGAGCCGGGUUGUCAGUGCAUGUUAUCAAUGACCAAGAAAUGGGAAGGGGAGAAAAGGCGUAUUGGGCGCGUUACGGCCAAAGUAUUAUAUCUGGACUCUUGGGGAACACAAAAGGGGUAUCAUCAUCAUCGACAUGGCCUGCCCCCGCGUGCGCCCCUUGGUUUUCUCCGGUUAUUGUUUAUUGUUGUAUUGUACAUAGAGAAGGCCUCUUUGUUUUGUUACACACGCUUUCAUGCUACGACUGGAAAUCACAUCUUCUUCCGCUCACUCACACACAA